AUGACGACACGCUACAGAGUUGAAUACGCCCUCAAGACCCAUCGCCGGGAUCAACUUAUUGAAUGGAUCAAAGGCUUGCUCGCCGUCCCCUUUGUGCUUCAUUCCCAGCCCACCGCCAUUUGCGAGGAACAUGGUGAAGGUCUCAAAGCCGUCGCCGCCGACACCCACCUCCGAUAUGCUGAGAUCAUGAGAGAUGUGGAAAAUUUGAUGCUUGAUCAUAUCCGUCACCAUGAACGCAAUGCCCCUGGUAAAUCCAAGUUGAAUCUCCUAGUACCCACCGUGGGUGCCUUUUUUACUCCACUGUACUUGGAGGAUGCAUUCAAGUAUCAAGACCGCCAGCGGUUCAUCAGCCGGCGACGAUUUGUCGCCCCCUCAUUCAACGACAUCCGACUCAUUCUGAAUUCCGCUCAGGUCCUGGGUCUGGUACGCUCUAGCGAUGUGGAAUUGGUCACAUUCGAUGGUGAUGUAACUCUUUACGACGACGGUGCUUGUCUCAUGCCAGACAAUCCUGUCAUCCCCCGGAUCUUGCGACUCCUGCAACAGGAUCGGAAGAUCGGUAUCGUGACGGCGGCCGGGUACACCGACGCGCCGAAAUAUUAUGAGCGGCUGCAGGGCCUGCUGGACGCGAUUCACACCUCCCCUGUUCUUACGGCAGAUCAGAAACAAGGGUUAAUUGUCAUGGGUGGUGAGAGCAAUUUCCUGUUCCGCUUCGACCCCGCCUCCAAGGCCCGCUUGUCCUAUGUGCCACGCGACGAGUGGCUUCUGGAUGAGAUGCAGGCGUGGAGCGAGGGAGACAUCACCGAACUACUCGAUCUGGCCGAAUCGGCGUUGCGCGCUUGUGCCGCGAAUCUGAACUUGCCGGCCGCAGUUCUACGCAAGGACAGGGCAGUUGGUGUCUACCCAGUCAAUGGUGUGCGGAUUAAUCGUGAGCAAUUGGAAGAAACAGUGCUCGUCGUGCAGAACACGGUGCAACGCUCGGCCGUUGGGUCGCGUCUACCAUUUUGUGCUUUCAACGGUGGCAACGAUGUAUUUGUUGAUAUCGGUGACAAGUCAUGGGGUGUGCGCGCCUGUCAGCGCUACUUUGGGGGGAUUGAUCCCUCCAAGACGCUCCACGUCGGUGAUCAAUUCCUGUCGGCUGGCGCCAACGACUUCAAGGCUCGACUGGCAUCCACCACUGCCUGGAUUGCAAGCCCCGCCGAAACUGUCGAAUUACUCGAUGAGUUGGAGGAAACGGUACACCCUUAA